AUGGUGAAGACAUAUAUUGGUCAAUGGUUAUAUACAUUUCCUUGGUCUCAGGUUGUGAGCGGUUUUUGGCAAAAAUUUCCAAAUCCGUAUACGGGUCAUAUUUUAUCUGAAGAUACAUAUUAUCGAACAGUAACUGACGAUCAAAAAUUAAUAUCCAAACGUGUAUUAGCUAAAACAAAUAAAUUACCACGAUGGGGUGAACGCAUAUUUUAUCGCGGUUCAGCUUCAACAAUCGGAUUUAUUAUUGAAGAAUCUGUAUGUGAUUUAAAAGAGAAAAUAUUUACAACAAAUACAGUGAAUAUCAAUAUGAAAUCAUUAAUGACUGUAGAAGAAACUUGUACAUAUCGACCUGAUAAAGAGGAUGAAACAAGAACAAUAUGUGAAAAAAAAGUUGUUGCCAAAGGAGAAUUAUUCGGUUUUAAGACGACAUUAGAAACAUUUGCUAUGCAACGUUAUAAAAAAAAUCAUGAAUUAGCCAGUCUUGGAUUAGAAUUUAUACUUCAUAAAUUAUAUUUACCACAACUACCACCGCCACCUGUUGUGGGCAUUAAAACGCCAGAUACUCGAACAUUCUCGAGAAAACUUAGUGAUAAAGCAAAGCACCUAUUAAAGUCAUCCAGCAAUGAUACACUUGAAUGUUAA